AUGGCUCUGCACACGUUUACACAACUGCUCUUCCGUUAAUACGAACAGAUCAUUACAUUAUGACGUUGGCCUACUCGACCAACAGUAUGUGAAAUGCUGCUGAUAAUACUGCUGUAGUUAACCUAUUAGUUCAUGUGGCAUAGCGCUGGGCUCUAAUAUUUGUGUUUCAAAACCUAGCAGUGGAAAUUGAAUUACUUAAUAUAUGUGAAAAUGUCCGGAUCCAGAAUUAUUUUAAAGGUGAGGGGUCACUGUGCUUGACACUGGAAUUCGAGACUCCCUAAAAACCCAGGGCAUGGACCGAACUAUACGUGACAAGCGGAAUUUGCUGGAGCUGAAGAAGCUGUAUCGGCUUGGACGCGUGUUUCCGGUAGGGCAGCAUAUACGUCACGAUGCUUCUAACGAUAGUAAUUGUAGUCUGCGUCACUGCCGCCAUCAUCUGGAUUUUGGACAGAACGUCUUGGCAAACACCUAUACUAUUUUACAAACGCACGCCGUUUACCGACUACAUCGUAAAAGCAGUUCCACGCCUCUCGUCGCCGUACAAAUCCACAUUCUACCUGAGUCUCAACCGCCAUUUACACACCGCUGCUGCAACAUACUUCACCUACUUCAACAAAAUGCAUAGCAGUAGACAGCAUUUGAAACUGCAAGAUGGCGGUGUCGUAGCCAUUGAUUGGCCAAAACCGGACAUGCUUGACAAUGACGACAAAGACGAUCGACCAAUCAUAAUACUCUGUCUAGGAAUGGAAGGCUGUAUUAAGUUGGCAUAUCAUAUUGCCUGUGGGGCUUCAAAACGGGGGUUUCGCACGGCUGUUUUCAACAAACGAGGUCACGGAGGAACUCAUCUGCUUACCCCCAAGCUACAAAGUUUCGGCGACCCCACGGACUUUAAACAGGUCGUGGAGUAUGUGCAUCAAACCUAUCCACAUUCAAAACUACUGGGUCUCUCUUACAGUGCAGGGGGAGGUCCUCUCAUGUCGUACUUGGGUGCGGAGGGAGACAGGUCGUUAAUAACAGCAACGGUGCAUGUUUCUGCUGGAUUUAAUCCAUUGGAACAGUCGAGGACUCUUCACUGGUUAUACGAAUCCAUUAUGGUCAAAGGACUCAAGCAAAUAGUUCAGCAGCACUCGCAUGUCGUGUCCUCUCACAUCGACAUGGAUAAGGUCUUGAGGUGUAAGUCUUUGCCAGAGUUUGACGAAAACGUCUACUGCAAAUUUUACAACCACAGUACUCUCGAAGAGUACUGGGACCACAAUGAUCCUCUGCGGAAUCAAGCAAAUGUUAGAAGUCCCGCGCUGUUUCUCAACAGUGUUGACGAUCCAGUUUUGUUUGAACAUUUUAUUCCUUACGACAUGAUAAAAGAACACCCCGACUGGAUGCUGGCACGAGUAAACAAAGGAGGUCAUUGUGGUUUUCGAGAAGGGUUAAGUGCUGCACCGUGGGCCGAGUGCGUGGCGCUGGACUAUUUCAAAGCUGUAUUAAAGUAUGAACCAAAGUAGCUUAAAAAUACUUUUCUCAUUCCUCGAAUAUGCACGUUCUUCAAACCUCUUGAAUGUUAAUACUCACAAUAAAGAAUAAAUAGGCCUACGUGAUAUAUUAUAAUGUGACAGAUUUAAAACUAUUAUGCAAAUUAUAAGAGAAGACAUCUGUUUUUCAAACAUUCCAUAUCGGCACAUUGCCUUCAUUUUGUUGUUUCAUAAAAGGUUUUACUCGUGACAUUUGAAGUACAUAGUCCUGAAUAAAAACAAUUUGAAUUAAAAGUUUACACAUUCUAACGCUAAAA